GAGCUCGAGAAGCGCGUCAAGAAGAUCUGCGACGCCAAGCAGCCCUUCGAGCGCGUCGUCGUCACCAAGGCCGAGGCCGAGGCCCUCUUCGCUCAAAACCCAUUCAAGCUCGCAAUCAUCAAGGCCAAGCUGCCCGACGGCGCCGCGACCACAGUCUACCGAUCGGGCACCGCAGCCGCCCUUGGCCGCGGGCGCCCCUUUGUCGACCUCUGCCGUGGCCCACACCUCCCAAACACGGGCAAGGUCAAGGCCUUCGCCGUCACGAAGACGUCGGCCGCGCUCUGGCUCGGCAAGGCGGGCAACGACGAGCUGCAGCGCGUGUACGGCGUCUCCUUCCCCGACAAGAAGGAGUUCGCCGAGUGGAAGGCGCUGCAGGAGGAGGCCAAGAAGCGCGACCACCGCGCGAUCGGCAUCAAGCAGGAGCUCUUCUUCUUCGACGACCUCUCGCCCGGGUCGUGCUUCUUCCAGCCGCUCGGCGGUCGGCUGUACAACAAGCUCGUCGAGCUCAUCCGCGGCCAGCUGUGGCUCCGAGGCUACGAGGAGGUCAUCACGCCGAACAUGCACAACCUCAAGCUGUGA